AUGAUUGGGGAUAGCAGUAAGAUAUUAUCACUCAGAGCAAGAGCUUUGAGUAAACUCGCAAAGACUUAUGUCAAUGAGCCUGAUAUUGGACAAUCAGAGACAACUGAGGAAGCUUCCUCCAAUAAAGUUGGAAAUAAUUUGGAUAUAAUUACACGUUCCCUUCCUAUUUUUUAUUCUUCUGAUACAUCGAGAAUAUACACCAUUCCACUUACAUUGAAUGAGUGGGAAAUAAUUUUAGCCAUAAGUAGUUCCGUUUCAGACUCUGAGGCCCAUGCAAUUGAUUUAUUAGACAAUGUAAUCUCAAAAUAUUUCACUGAUUCCCCUCGACAAAGAGUGUCUGAUGUUCUAUUAGCUAAAUUCAGGUUGAAUGAUAUGAGAAACCCUAAUGAAAUUAUCACAUUCCAACUUACCAAGUAUUUGAUUACAAUUAGUAGUAAGUUCAGUAGUACUGUUAACAAUUGUUUAGGUUUGUUUGAUCGUUACCUGGAAGAAAUAAAGAACUUGUACAUGACAAAACCAUCUAGUAUAUUUUCCUUGCUAGGGUUAAUGAAUGCCUUCAUCCAAGACAAUUCUUGUUUGGAAUUGUCUACUUUCAUGUGGAAAAAAUUAUCUACCUUAUUUACGAAAGAAGAUUUCUUAUCACACAUUGAAACAAAUCUAGCAUCAUCUCCUUCGUUCAUGAACGACUCUAUUGUUCAAUAUUUUGCGGCAGGGUAUGAAAUAUCAGGACCUCUUUUUAUUAAUUUGUUAUCUAAAAUGCAAGUUAGUCUGGCGUGUAGAGUACUUGGUAUUCAAUACAAACAAGAUUCUCUGAUGAAUUACCUAGUUGAACAACAAGUCACAUUUUUUAAGAAUCAGGCAAAUUUAUCGAAUUCUGAUAAAAGAUUUACUCUUCCAAGUCAUGUCUUAAAGGAUGUAGAAAAUCAUAGACCUUUACUCCAAGAGGUCUGUAAAUUUAUUUUAAGUUAUUCUCUCUCCAUGGAAGAGUCCUCAUUCGAGAUGUCAGAUGACUCAAGAGCUAAAUUCUCAUUUGACACUAGAGCUUACUUCGUUCAAUUCUUAUGUUUGACCCCAUAUCUCCAAGAUGCGACCCUCAUGAAGGACUAUGUUGAUUUAUUGGGUUUAUGCAUGGAUCGCUAUUUCUUAUCAGAUACUAUAACACCUCAAUUUGUCAGCAGCAUUGUUACAGCAGCAUCACUACUUAACUUCCUAACAGAAGAAUUAUCAGAGGCCUUACUUCGUUCAUUACCUUUAUUAGUUGGCUCAGAACAUAUGAAACCGACAAAUAUUAAAGACAUUUGCGAGACAUUCAGUAUUGGUUUAUUGCCUCUCAAUGAAGAUUCUAUUGUUAGCACAAUUUAUUCAAUUAAUAACCUAUUAACUAAUGCUAAUGACAAAUUUAGUAAUAAUCUAAUUAAAGAACGUCAAUUGACCGUAACUUCUGGAAGUUCUUUCCGAUUUGAUGAUAUUCCUAGAUCAAACUCCUUUGACGCAUUAAGGCAAUUGAAAAACCAGAUAAUAACUCCGCCAAACAAUGGAAAACUAGAUAGAAAAUCGGAAGUUAAAUAUCAAAAGGAUCUAUUUGAGAACUGUGUCACAGCAACCACUACAAUUGCUUCUAAAUAUGAUAAUCAUACUAUCACUAAUUUAACUAUAACAAUUCUUACUCAAAAAGUAGGUGUAAUUAGUGACGAUUUGGAUGAAAUUGUCCUUAAGGCACUGGCAGAUAUAACACCGUGUUGUACAACAAGUCAAUUUUCGAUGAUUCUGAAGUUUUUUAGAUCCAUUGAUGCGAUUGCUACAAAAAAUGAUAAUCAUAAGUUGAUAGAUGCCAUAAGUGUAUCUAAGAAUGUGAUGUCAUCGAAGUUAUUGGAAUCAAAGACUUUUGAAGAUGAAAUCUAUAAGAUGUACCUGAUAGAUUUAUUGGAUAGCAUUAUAUCUAGCGGUGAAGUUGAGAAGCCAGAGCACCAUAGACCUCAUACAGAAAUUUCUCGUGUGGCAGAUCAAAUUACUGGUUAUCUAAAGCCACUUGCUACGCUGCUUCCUAAACCAGGAAAAACACCAAUUGACCUAAGAACGGAUGAAGCAUUGACUAACAUGUUCAGGAAUGUUUGGUUUAAUAUGGUUGUCCAUGGUUUUUUCUAUGAUUCAGAAAUUGUGAAAGUUAAUUAUGAUGCGCUCUCCACCAUUGCAUUUAAUAGUCCCCCACUUGCUUCAAACUUUCCCGCGAACAAUAAAGAAAUGUCAUUAGAUAUGAACACAAUUUUGCGUAGGGGUUCUUCCAAUUCUAAUAUUAAGCAACAAAAGCAAAUUAUUUCUCGCUAUCUGAAUGCAAAUGCUGUUCAGCAACGGACAUUUUCCAAUUCAAAAGUUAUGUUCCUAGCAGCAACAAUCCUUUUAGAAACCAUAAGAUGUGAAGCCGGCGAUUGUUCAAAAAUUCUAUUGUAUCUAACCGAUCCUUCGGUGGGUUCAAGUAAUAUUGACAAGUCAAUAAUAUCUAUGUCGAUUGAUAUGGUUAAAAAGUUCGUCAAAUUAACAGAAGUUGGUAACCUUCAGCUAUUUAACUCAAAAUCUAUCGCAUCUCAACUGAAUGACAUAUUUUUAUGCAUGGCAGAUAAGAAUACGUUGUUGCAAGAUGCAUCAUUCCAGUGUUGUGAUUUAUUUAUAAAGUCUAUCCCAUCUUCCCUAUGUCACCAUAAUUCAUUGUAUACCUUGCUGGAUCUACUGACUACAUUAUUCGACAGUGUUGUUAACUGUCAGACAAACAAAUUUGAUGUGAAAUAUGAAUUCUAUCUAAAUCAUUCUCAAAGAAAAAUACUUAUACCCGGUUCAAAAUCUUGGAGGACUGCAACACUUUCUGGGCUACGGAGAGCUGCUAAAGAUUGGUUGAGAUUUUUAUUGAAUUGUGCUAAUCAAGAUACAAAAAUUUUGUUACAAUCAUAUGUGUCUGAUAUUGGGCAGUCAAGAAAAACCAAUAAAGUUGAGUACGGUGUGUCAUUUGCCAUUGAGAUGGCAGGACUUAUUAUUCCUGCAGAUAAAGAAUUGUAUAGAAUUUCAUAUAAGGGAUCGAACAGACCAAAUACAAUUGCAUCCUUUAUAGCACAACAUUCUUGGAGGUCUAAGUUUCUGGUGGAUACUGCUAUUGCUUCAUCCAAGGAAGACAUUUCAAGAUCACUGGAUAGGCAAGUGAAAUCUAUUAGACAAAAACUGGACAAUAACAUUAAAAUUUCUAUCAAGGAAAUUACAGACUUUUUGGAUAUGUCAGCUGCGCUACUAAUCUUAAGUACAGCAAAGGCUGGCUCUAUUAUUUCAGAUAUUGUACACGUUCCUUUCGAGAUAUUUUCAUCUGACGCACUAGAAAUUGCAACCAAUGUUUGGUUAACAGUGAUAAAAGAAAGACCUGAUAUGGCUCAUAUUUUAUUAUCAGAAGUUGCAUUUUGUUGGAUGAAUUCUAUUGAUGCUGGCCGUGGUUUGUAUUCACAAGAAUUUGACGUAGUACCUACUGAUAAUCAGAUGAUGGAAUAUUCCCCGUAUAAUAAGAAGGGAAUUGAUAGAGCUGCAAAAUUAGCAGCUGACUCAUUGAAGCCUCACAGAUAUAUUGUUAAAUUUUUUUCGUCUCAUUUCGAAGGUACCAGGUUUGAGAGUAAAUCUCUUUUAAGAAUAUUUACUAGGACAGUUGAAUAUGGUCUUUCCAAAUUGAAUGGAGCCUCAUAUCAUCCAUUUGCGCGUAUGAUUCGUAAUGAAUUUCUAGUGUUUGGUUUAGCAAUUUUAAAGGCUAAUCAAAAACAAGGUACAAUACAUGUUGAUAGACUAUGCCAUUCAAUAGUUGAUGCUGCUUUGUCGUGGUUUGUCGCUUUACCAUCGUGGCCAUUUGGUUCCAAUGAGUUGAAAAACAAUGCUGACUUAACAGUUUUAUUGGAACUUUAUAAAAAGGUCGAUGAACUAUCCGAUAUUUUACAACGUACCUGUGGUAAAGAAUUUGAAUUGUUGAAGUAUUUCUUAGCAAAUGAAAUUCAGAUUAUCGAAACAUGGUUAGCUCCAUUGUCAAAAAUUGAAGGGGCUAACAAGAAUGAUCCUUCAGAAGCAUUAGUAACAGUUGCUUUUAACAAGAUGCCAUCAUUAGCUGUGAAUCUAGUGAAAAGAUAUCCAAAGGAUAAACUAGUGAGAAUUCUGGAGACAUUGGUUGCGAAGGAUCCAUUAAUGUGUGUUGGUGUACCUGAAGCAUUAGAUAUAUAUCUAGAUACAGCAUUUACAAAGAAAGACUUACACCCAAUAGUUUAUUGGACACCAGUUAGUCCCUUGAAGUCUAUUGGCCUAUUCCUACAGAAAUGGAAUAAAAAUGAAUUUAUUCUGCAAUAUGGUAUUUAUUCCCUGGAGUCACAUGAUGUUAACGUUACAUUCUUUUACGUCCCUCAAAUUGUGCAAUGUUUAAGAUAUGAUCAUACAGGCUACGUCGAAAAAUUAAUAUUAGAUACCGCAAAAAUUAGUGUUUUAUUUUCUCAUCAAAUUAUCUGGAAUAUGCUGGCAAAUUGUUACAUUGGUGAUGAUGGGCUAGUUGAAGAUGCCAUUAAACCAACAUUGGAUCGUGUUCGUGAAAAGAUGGUCAAAACAUUUUCCAAGAAACAUUAUGACUUUUAUAAAGAAGAAUUUGGAUUCUUCAGUGAUGUUACCUCAAUCUCAGGUAAAUUGAAACCAUAUAUUAAGAAAAGUAAAGCUGAAAAGAAGCAAAAAAUUGAUGAAGAAAUGAAAAAAAUUAUAGUCAGGCCUGGUGCAUACUUACCCUCCAACCCAGAUGGUAUUGUUAUUGAUAUUAAUCGUACUAGUGGUAAACCGUUACAAUCUCAUGCAAAAGCACCAUUCAUGGCUACUUUUAAGAUCAAAAAAACAAUGGAAGAUCAAAGUUCUGGGGAACAAAUAGAAGUCGAAAAAUGGCAAGCCGCUAUCUUCAAGGUUGGUGAUGAUUGUAGACAAGAUGUCUUAGCCUUACAAUUAAUAUCUAUGUUCAGAACAAUAUGGUCUGAUAUUGGCUUAGAUGUCUAUGUGUUUCCUUACCGUGUCACAGCUACGGCUCCUGGCUGUGGUGUUAUUGAUGUGUUACCUAAUUCAGUCUCUAGAGAUAUGUUAGGUCGUGAGGCCGUCAAUGGAUUAUAUGAAUAUUUUGUUAGUAAGUUUGGUGAUGAAAGUACAAUUGAGUUUCAACGUGCAAGAAACAAUUUUGUUAAAUCCCUUGCUGGGUAUAGUGUUAUUUCAUAUUUGUUACAAUUCAAGGAUAGACAUAAUGGUAACAUUAUGUAUGAUGAUCAAGGUCAUUGUUUACAUAUUGAUUUUGGAUUCAUUUUUGAUAUUGUCCCAGGUGGUGUCAAAUUUGAAGCAGUGCCAUUUAAAUUAACUAAAGAGAUGGUUAGAGUAAUGGGUGGUUCUGAUGAGACACCAGCUUACUAUGCUUUUGAAGAAUUGUGUAUCAAGGCAUAUAUGGCUGCUAGACCACAUAUGGAUUCUAUCAUUGAAUGUAUUGAACCAAUGUUAGGGAGUGGUUUGCCAUGUUUCAAAGGUGGUAAGACCAUUAAGAACCUGGAAGCAAGAUUUCAACCUCAAAGGACUGAUCAUGAGGCCGCAAUGUAUAUGAAGGGCCUUAUCAGAAAGAGUUUCGAAAGUAUGUUUACAAAAGGUUACGAUGAAUUCCAAAGGCUCACCAAUGGUAUACCAUACUGA